AUGCUGCGCAACUUAAACUGCUUGACAAUUGACGACAACAACAAUGAUCAGACCAAAGACAGUAUUAAUUAUGAGGUCCAGGAUGCGGAAACUUUUCGCUUUGCCGAUCAUGUGCGUCCGCUUGUAGCAGCAAACUGCUCCGAGUACGCCGUAGCGCAUUCAAAUGUGCACCAGCAGCCAGUGCGUCAGCUUUGCGAAAUAUCCUUUCUGCCGCACAUAUUGCAAACAAUGAGCCGUUUGAAAUUGACGCAAAUCCUGCGCUUGCAGAGCUAUGCUUGGCCACAUUUAAGCAAGCAAGCCGGUCAUGGCGCUGUUUUGGUAAGUGCGCCACGCAGUGGCCGCACGCUAAGCUAUGUGCCGCCGCUUUGCCAGCAGGUGUGCAUAAUGCUAACGAAGCAUCGUUCCGUUAGCAAACUGGGCUUUGAAGGUCCUAUGGCUAUAGUGUUGGCUGCCGACUUGGGUCGAGUGCAGCGCAUUGGGAGCUUAUGUAAUGGCAUGUUGCGAAAGGCCAAAAAUGAGGAGUGGCUUACAUUAGCGCUAAUGGUGCCUUCAGCGUUCACACCGGAGUUCUUUUACCGUCUACUCAAUGGUGUAGGUUGUCUGGUGGCCACGCCGGCGCAGUUACUUUGGCUCUGCAGCAAUUUCGAUGUGAAAUUGCCCAACUUGAGCUUUUUGGCUUACGACGAUGUGGAUUUAAUGGUGCCAGAGCAGCUGCAGCAAGCGCAUCACAAGCUUAAGUCGCUGGCCCAGCAGCGACCACAGCUGGUAAUAACAACGCAGUCCUACAAUGUCAAACUACUGGCCAUGCUGCGUGACUUUAAUGAUAAAAUGCUGUUGCUGUUUGGAGACAUGCUGGAGGCGGCGGCUUACGGCGGUGUACGCUUAAGAAUAUCGCUGUUAAAGCACGAGUCGAAGCUGCAGAACGUGCUGCAACUGUUAGAGCAGCGUCCACCGUUGGAAAAGCGCACUGCUAUCUACUGUCAUAAGGAUAAGGACAUACGCGAGCUGGCGGAUGUGCUGGAGCUUCAUGGCUACUGCUGUCUGCCUUACUAUCAGUCAGCGGAUUGGGAAGUGCGUGAGCAUGUUCGACGUUGGAUGGAUGACAGCUGUGGUGAGCUGCUGCUAUGUACCGACAACUGCCCGGAGCUUGAUAUGCGCCACGUACAGACUUUGGUGCAUUAUAGUCUAAGCGACAACUGGAGCAAGUUUAAGCUGCGACACUUGGCGCUGUCCGACAAUCUGCACAACCAAUUGGAGCAACCCACACCAAAGCAGCUAGAUCAGCAAACAGAUUCCUUAGUUUCGCUGGUGCUGCUGGAUGAACACAACAAUAAACAGUUGCCGCGUCUGGUGGACUUUCUGCAGCAGCAUCAGGCGGUGGACGAGCGCAUUGUGCAAUUAUCGCAGCAGCUACGCACGCGGCUGCAGAGCGAGAAAUGCAAUGAGCCAACUUUAUGUGAUCUGCUGCUUAGCUUGGGUCAUUGCAGCGAUUCCCACUGCGAGCAGCGUCAUCAUGUGUUGCCAUGCGAGCGUGAGCUGCCAGCCGGCUUGCCCUAUUGUGGCGAUGUCAAGCUGCAGUUACUCAAGGCAUACUCGCCCACGCAUUAUAGUGUCCGUCUGCUGGAGCAUUUACCACCAGCUGGAAAGUGGCGCAAUCUGCCGGCGCGGGUUACACUGGAGUUGGAGUUGCAGCUACUGCAGUCGCAGAAGUGUGUGCGUCACUGGCCACCGCGUCCUAAGCAAAUCUGUGUCUAUCGCAAUGCCACGGGCUUUGAACGCGUGCGCAUCCUGUGCGUAGCGCACAUUGAGAAUGUGAAUCUUUCACGCACCGACGUGGCAGUGGAAGUGCAGGCUAUGGAUGUGAAUACACGCAGAAUCAAAACAACCAGCGGCGAUUUGUACAUAUGCCCAGAGCCGCUGCGUGCUGCACCAGCGCUGGCCAUGGAUCUGCGCAUCUUGGGCCUGGUGCCCUAUACGGGUGAACGCGAAUGGCAUAAAGAAGACGCAAAUCAAUGCGCAAAAUGGCUAAAUGCAGUGGCAAAACCAAACUUCCUGCAGGCCAGCAUAGUCGUGGCUUUGUCUCACACAAUCUUUGUGCGUGACCUGGCUGCCAUUAACUAUGCGCCGUCCAUGAAAAUGUUUGUGCGUACUUUAAACAUGUCCCAGCAGUUGGCCGAGAAAAAGCUGGCCAAGAAGUGUCAAUUGACCGUCGACAGGCUAAUGACAUUAUUGAACGUGGCUGAGAUUAAGUUGAACGACCAGCAAGAGGAGCAGCAGCAAGAGCAGCAGCAAUCAAAAACUGCUUGCCUUGACUAUCAGAAGCAUCAGGAUGUGCUUAAUGCUGGCAGCGCGUUGCUGCAAAAACAAACCAGAGGCAGAGGCAGAGGCAAUGCCAUUGCACAAAUGGCAUUACAGCUGGGCAGAGAAAAUCGUUUGCGCAUAGAGCAGGAACAACAGCAGCAAUUAGACAACAAAUUGAAGCAAUUGGAACAGCAGCCGCAGUUGCAAACUGAGCCGAGGACUGAUAGCGUUCAGGCGUUUUUCGACUGCAUAAGAAAAUGUGAUCUACUAGAUGCAGAAGAGCGACAGCUGAAGCAAACUACUGUCACCUGCUCUCUUCCUGAUCCACAAUUUCACAUGGCAAUGCCUAAAAAUGUGGUGCGUCCCCAAGUGAGCUAUUAUCAAACUAAGAUAACUUUGGAACUACAAUUGCUGCUAUCCGACGAUAAUUUGCAAUAUGAAGUAGUUUUGUUUAAGAAAACCAAUUUGGGUUUCUGGACGCUGGACACGGAGCCUACGCAGCAAUGCAUAUUGAAACUGCCUGGACCGUUUGUAGAGCUCAAACAUUUUAUGCGAGGACGCACCGUUUACUUGAGCGUACUCAAAGCUUAUGCAACGUCAUAUCCACUGGAAUUUAGUUGUUAUAAAUUUAUGAAGCCACAUUAUGAUAAGAUAAAUGCAUAUGAAGAACAGCAGCAUGUGCGCGCCAAGCACUUUGAACUGGAUCUGCUAGAACAGGGCUAUGUGCAGAAGCAGAAACCGCAGUCCAAGAGAGACGAUGAAUUGGCAGACGAGGAGCCUGCUGAAGAGGAUUUGAACUAUUGCAGCAGCAAUGGUGAAAAAGUAGAGCGUGCUUAUAACCGCAAUGAAUUUGAACUCAGUUAAAUAAAA